GCUGCUUGAGCAUGCUCUCUUUAAACAAUCGGCGCCUAGGGCUAGAGCUGGCUAUUCCUCUAUCGAUUAACCAUUCAAUAUUCAAUCGCCGGCAAUACGAUAUUCACAAAUCAAUGUCUACGGACCCAACCCAAAGCAGGGUUGGGGGCGAGGCCGCAGCUGGCGCCGUCGCCGUCGCCAAUGUGCCACCCGAUGACUCGAUUGUGGACCCAACGAUGCAACCGGAGCAUCAGUUCUUGGACGUUGACCCGUUGUCCGACGAGUUCCUGCUCGAUAACUCGGAUCCAGCAAGCACCGAGUACCUGUUUCCACUCAUGGGACUCUCGGGUCUGCCGAACCCCUUCGACAUGGAACGAAACGCCCACCCUUUAGCGGAUCUCCUAUCGGAACCGCUUCUGUCAACCAAUCCAUCUUCGAACCCUGGACACGGUCUCGACAAUGUCGAUUCGGCGAACUCUUCAGCGUUUGGACCAGAGACACUGAGCUUGGCAGCCGUCGAGGCUGGCCGGAUUAAUGACCUCAUUUACCCACCAGACUGGCUGGGAAUUGAGUUCCCUGCACCACAACCCCAUCCCUCCGACACCUCAAGCUGGGUGCUUAUAGGAUCAAGCCAGUUCCAGAGCUCAUCCCGGGAGUCUACGCGCUUCACACCCACCUCGGAUGAGCGAGAGAAGAGCAAUCCCGACCAGCUGGCGCCUAGCAUUCAGAAUGACGAUAACAGCGCAGCCCAUUCGAGCGCGUUCGAGUUAGUUCUUCCCCCGACUGGUUUUUCUUCCAAGGAACUCGUCGUCUCUGCAAGAGAGAGCUCCACUGACAUCGUCAACCAAAACCUUGCCGUACUUCACCAGCAACGGCUGCCGCAAAAGGUCCGAGGAAAGCUUUCGCAAGAACAACGGGAAAAGGUGAAAGUUAUGAGGAUGGUCGGAAACUGUCUACGAUGCAAAGCAUUCAAACUUGCGUGCGACCCUGGUACUCCAUGUAAGCAGUGCCAGGCUGUUCUAGACAAUGUCAGGUCUUUUGUCGAUCCUUGCUACAGAGACAAACUCGAUCGAGUCACGCUUGCUCGUCAUGGAAACGGGAGCUUCGGGCAACGCGACGUGGCUUUUGUCGAUUACUUCUGGGCCGAUAAGACUGCGCUUCCAAAGGCCCUUGAGAUUCGAUGGAAUCUCCCUGGUGGUCGCGCUAAUGUUGGCGGUGAGAUAAUGACAGUUCCGUUGCCCCCGUUUGCUGGCGAUGACGUGCAAGCCUUGAAAGCCGAAGUCGAAACGUUCCUAGACAAAAGCGUGGCAAAGGUGUUGGACUACAUUCUUGAGGAUACCACUGAUCAGAUCAUUUCAGCGUCGCUGAAGGAAGCAAUUCGCUACAGUCAGAAACACGCCAGUUGGGCUAUAGAUCUCGCUCUGCGGAUUCGAUGCGCAUCAUUCUGUUCGCAGGGGUGGGGUUCCAUCACAGGACAAGAGUCGCUCGGAAUCGCCGCCGUUGACUUCAAUCGGCUGGGCAAAAGCGGGUACGCAGCAUACGACCGGGGCAUCGACCGGCCAGUCCCACAAUCUAUUGAUCACCAGAUUGAUGUUGCCCUUUUGCUCACGAUUAAGGAGCAUCAAAAAGAACUCUUGGGGCAUCUGUCGAAGCUCAUCUUCGGGAAGGUUAAGAAGAAACCGUGGUACGAGAUCUUCUUGACAAUUUUCGUGCUCCUUUCCAAUCUGGAGUAUGUUCAUGGGGGAUCACUUUCAUACUAUCUCGCUCAAGCAAAAACGAGGAACGGAGCAACAUGCUAUUCUCUCAUUCAAGAGAUGAUUGAUGAGUUCACCUACUCGUCGGAGAACCUUCUCUAUCACUUUUGCUCUAUUCUUCGCGGCAGUAUGGGAUUUAAGCUAGCCCACGAAAAUAUGCGGGAUUUGACGACUCGAGAAAGCCUCGACGAAGAGGCCGUUCUUUACAUGACCACAAUACUCGAAACGCUUCCCAAGAGCCAUUUGCCCAUACAGGCACCCGGCCCUAGUCGCUCCAGCGGCUCUGGCGGCUCCAGUUUAUCGGACGAAGUUCCCCCAUCACCCGACGGUCGGUGGAUCAUGAGGUUGUUUGAGAGGGUCAAGUCGUAACAAGUCGUACCAAGGGGGCCUUGGAAGCAGCCCUUUAGCAUUGGGUGGACACAGAAGGCAUCUGGUCUUGAUCCUUGCCUCCCAUACAUAUUAUCUUUUAGAGUACCAUGAUUGGCUCGCCCUAACCGGCCAAGGCUUCCUGUCUGGGCGAUUAUGGCCGGUCAGGGCUGACUUGGGACCGGCCACAACCGGACAUCAGCUUGAGUUUCGGCGACUGUAGAGUACAAGUUAAUCAUAUUCCCCCGCAGAUUCUAC